AUGAGUGUACGACAAAUCCAACUCCUCCAACGUGCCGUGAUAGAACCUUCUCUCCACGAACAUGAAUGUGCCAUCACUCAGCUGCCUCACGUUCGUCUUCCUGGACUUUGCUUCCUGCAAGUCGAUUACGUGGUACUUGAUGCGCCCUCCAGCUUCGAGAAAUGCGUGAAGAUUGGCGUUGGUGGAGACUGUCCUGGCGUUGUAGGUGCAGAGCAUGAGACUAUUUUUAUAGCUAGUCGUUGA